UGUACAAUAUUGAUAAUGAAAAUGGCAGUGCAAAUAGUUUGGAUUUUCUUGUUUCUGGGUAGCUUGAUUUCAUUUUCAAAUUCAUUUUGUAUGAUGACAAUGCCGACGAUGGACACAACAGAGUGUGCAUACAAAAAUGUCACAUUACCUCUAGGUCAGACGUUAACCAACUAUGACGACUGUUUGGAACUAAGGUGUCUUAAAGAUGGAAGUAUGUCCAUAUGUGGGAUUGGUAUACAUGCAGGCGUAUUUGUUCCACCAAAAGGAUGUGCUAUUUCAAGAGGAGAUAAAUGUGCUUUUGAAUUUGUUUCUGCUAGAGAUCAUACUCUUAAAUGUGAAGCAGAAAUUUUUGGCUAAACAUUGGAUAUUUCUAUUGGAUCAUGUGGAACGAUUUCAAACAAUUAAGAAAAAAAUUGGAUAGACACAGUAUACUUUCUCCGCUGGAAUUAUGAGUUAUAGUAAACAAAUAUAUAAUGAUGGACAGAUUGUGAAAAAAACAACAAUAAAUGUUGGUAACUUUGCUGAAAAUUGUCAAUGUUAUAAAAAUUAUGUUAUGUUCAACGUGUGGUUUAUCAAAAUGAUCAAUUAACCCCGUUAGAAACUGUUUAAAUGCAAUCAGAUUUAGGGAACCACUUCAUUUAUAUUCAAAAUAAAACCAAGGUGUUAUGCUGUAUAUAUAAUCAAUAAAACCUGAAGAAGACAUUCAGAUAGAAGUCGCUAUGAAAUAUAUAUCAGUUGAUCUGCUAUAAAUGUUAGACCUCCGCUAAUAUAAACACCGAAAAGAGGCACA